GUCUGUUUGUUAGCAACGUCCUGGAGGAGGCCGUGGCCGUGGCGUUGCCGUUAGCCCUGGAUCCCUCGGGUUCUCUGCUCCUCCAGGCCCUGCUUCCUUCUGCCUCUGCGCCCAGCUUGGCUCCUCUGCUCCGGGGCCUGGUCCCCUCCCUGUGCCUGGUUGCUUGCCACCCCUGUGGGGCCCACAUCUUGGAAGAGGCCCUAUGGAGGGCCCCGCUGCUGAUCUUGGAAGGAGGCGAGGAGGCUGGAGCCCUGGAGGACCUCGUCCUGCAACUGGGAAAGAGCCUGCAAGAGGAACUGCCCACCUUUGCCUUGGAUGCUCACGCCAGCUUUGUGGUGCGGACCCUCCUGCAGGCGCUUGGAGGGGCCCGAGUCGGGUCGGAUGGGGGCCGGGGGCUCCCGGGGUCAGGGCCUCUUCGUUCCAAGGCCAAGAAAUCGAAGGUGGGGAGUGAAGGACCAGCGGCAUUUGAGGUCCCGGAGAGCUUCGUCUCCCUCCUGCGGGAAUUCAAAGGCUGCUUCCAGGAAUGCAUUGCAGAUUUCAUUACCCACAAAUGUUUCAGCCUCUGCCUCCAGGUGGCGCUGGAGGUCCUGCACAGGAAGCUGCCUGAAGAUUGCGCUGAGCUCUGCCGGGCGGUGAUUGGCUACCUGAGCGGCUGCAACCCGGCUGCUGGGCAAAGCAGCCUCCUGGUGUUUCUGAAGGAUGCGACCUGCAGCCGGGUGCUAGACAAAGUUCUGGAGGUGUCGGACGCGAAGGCGUUGCGCUCCUUCUACAAGGCUCACGUGAAGGGGCAGCUCCGUGUGUUGUCCGCCCACAAGGUGGCCAAUUUCACCUUGCAGCGGCUCAUCCAGACAGCUUCCCGCAAACUGCUGGGGCAGCUGUUUCAGGAGCUGGGCCCAGGUGUGGAGGAAAUCAUGGCCCAGGAGCAUCUCGGCAUUGUCACGGCGCUCCUGGGGGCCUGCCGGAAACACGGGGCCCACCAGCCGGAGGUGUUGCAGAUCCUCCUGGAGGCAUUUCACUGUUGGGAGCCCCCCUCUCGCCAGUUGGCCUGCGCUCCCCUGAUGGCCUCCAUGCUGGCUUAUGAGGUCUAUUUUGGUGAGGAGGAGAAGGAGAGUCCGUUGCAGGAGCGGGCAGCUGCAUUGUCGUCGCUGACCGCCGUCUCCUACCACGGCUCCCUAGUGCUGCAGCAUUUACUGCACUUUGCAGAUCCUUCCCUCGUGCUGCGCAGCUUGGCCGCCAUGCCCCCCGCGGACCUGGUCACGCUGGCUUGCGAUCCGGCUGGGAGCCACAUCUUCGAUGCCCUCCUGGCCAGCCCCUCCGUCCCCGAAAAGCCAAGGCGCAAAGUCUUGCGCCAGCUCAAGGGCCAUUACGUGUCUCUCGCCUGCUCCAAGCACGGGAGCCGUGUCCUAGAUGCCAUCUGGAGCAGAGCCACCUUGCCAGCCAAACAGGAGCUGGCUCAGGAGCUGGCGGAUCACGAGCCCCAGCUACGGCAUGACCCUUUCGGCCACCACCUCGUUCGCAACUUCGCCUUGACCCAUUUCCUGAAACGACGCCGAGACUGGGACAGCCAUCAGGAGGCGGAGAAAAAGCGGAGAGAGCUCUUUGCCGAGAUCCUGGAGGACUGAACUGGGACGGAGGGACUCGCUUUGGGCCCGGAGUUUGAGGUGGCAAAAGACAGGACCUUUUUUGCUAGCUGAUGAAAUCAAGAGGACUAGCUCCUUAAGAGGGCUUUGUGUUCCACAUCCUGCCAAAGUCUGCACAGGAGAGCCU